AUGUCGGGGAUCCUGUCAGAAACUGGCUGGGAGAAUUUGUUCUUGGCUGGUGGCAGUGGCAGUCGGCUGGGGCGGCAGACUGCUUGUGCCCAUUUGGUCGAGCAGCGGACCAGCAAAGAGACAAAAGGGCGCGGCGCGAGGGGGGCAGAUGUCUCGCGCCGGUGA